ACUUUCGAAACAUUCUUUCCUUUCUCCACUCUUCCACUCCAUUCCUUCCCACUGAUUCCUCUUCUCUUCUAGUCUUCUCCUCUCCAUAUUAUUAUUAUAAACUUGAUACUAUAAAACAGAGGCCUAUCUCUUCUCCUUCCUCCGCCCCCCUCUCUGUGCUCCUGAGCGACAUCCGAAGACCAAACAAGACUCGCGAACUCGGCGAUAGUUAGAUAAUAAUGGCGGCGCCGGUGGUGGACGAGGAGUACCUGAAGGAGAUCGAGAAGGCCCGCAGAGACCUCCGAGCUCUCAUCUCCAGCAAGGGCUGUGCCCCCAUUAUGCUCCGCCUCGCAUUUCAUGAUGCUGGCACUUAUGAUGUAAAGACAAAAACAGGUGGUCCAAAUGGUUCAAUUAGGUUUGAGGAAGAGUAUAGCCAUGGUUCAAAUGCUGGUAUAAAAAUAGCUAUAAACCUUUUGGAGCCAGUGAAAGCAAAGCAUCCCAAGAUUACAUAUGCAGAUCUUUAUCAGCUUGCUGGAGUUGUUGCUGUUGAAGUGACUGGUGGGCCGACUAUUGACUUUGUCCCAGGAAGAAUGGACUCAUCGCAAUGCCCAGAAGAAGGAAGGCUUCCAGAUGCUAAGAAAGGGGUGUCUCAUUUGAGGGAAAUAUUUUACCGGAUGGGUCUGUCAGACAAAGAUAUUGUGGCACUAUCUGGUGGCCAUACUCUGGGAAGGGCUCAUCCUGAGAGAACAGGAUUCGAAGGUCCUUGGACAAAGGAGCCUCUCAUCUUCGACAACUCCUACUAUGUAGAACUUCUGGAAGGGGAUAAAGAGGGGCUCCUGAAGCUUCCCACGGACAAGGCUCUCUUGGAGGACCCUGUAUUUCGGUGUUAUGUUGAGCUAUAUGCAAAGGACGAAGAUGCAUUUUUUAAGGACUAUGCAGAAUCACACAAGAAAUUGUCCGAGCUGGGCUUUACUCCACCUUGCAUCCUUUCAGCCACCAAAUCAAAAUUAAAGGCUAUACUAACACAAGGUGCUGUUACAGUCGCAGCUGCUGCUGCAUUGCUCAUUCUGAGUUACUUAUUCGAAAUUGGCAAGAACAUGGAGUAAAUGGCCAGUCUGAUUUAUGUCGGGUAUUAUAGCUUACUGUAAGGAAGUCAAAUGCAAGCAGCAAAAAGAAAGCCCUUGUAAAGGGAUAGCAGGGAGGUUUUUGCAUAAAUUAUAGAACAAUAAAUCACUGUAUUCUGUUAAUGAUGUGCUGCACAUUGUAUGGUAUAACUUCACCAGAUGAGCUUGUCAAAUUACAUUACAUAACUAAAAACAGUGUACUGAGCCAAA